GGAGCGUUAGCCGGGGUGGAAGCGGAGCAGCGCAGCGCAAUCCGUCUCCAUCGGGGCCUUCAGGGGGGCGCUUGGGCGCAGUGAUGCCGGAGAACGUGAGCACGAAGGGCUCCCUCAUGAGCGCGGCCGCGGGGAGCCGCAAUGCCGGCGGGAACCGGGGCUCCUACCAGGACCGGGAUAAACCCGCCCAGAUUCGCUUCAGCAACAUUUCGGCGGGCAAAGCCGUUGCAGAUGCUGUUAGGACAAGCCUUGGACCAAAAGGAAUGGAUAAAAUGAUUCAAGAUGGCAAAGGAGAUGUGACUAUCACAAAUGAUGGUGCAACAAUUCUGAAGCAGAUGCAGGUUCUUCACCCUGCAGCCAAAAUGCUGGUGGAGUUAUCCAAAGCGCAAGAUAUUGAAGCUGGAGAUGGCACUACUUCUGUUGUGGUCAUUGCAGGUUCUCUUUUGGAUUCCUGUUCCAGACUUCUUCAGAAAGGAAUUCACCCCACGAUUAUCUCUGAGUCAUUCCAGAAGGCAUUGGAUAAAGGUGUUGAAGUCCUGACCAGCAUGGGGCAGCCUAUUGAGCUGAGUGACAGAGAGACCCUGCUGAACAGUGCAACUACUGCACUGAGUUCAAAGGUUGUAUCACAGUAUUCUAGUCUGCUUUCUCCAAUGAGUGUGGAAGCUGUGAUGAAGGUGAUAGAUCCAACUACAGCUACUGGUGUGGAUCUUAGAGAUAUAAAAAUUGUGAAAAAGCUUGGGGGAACAAUCGAUGACUGUGAAUUGGUUGAAGGACUGGUCCUCACUCAAAAAGUGGCCAGCACUGGUGUAACUAGAGUGGAAAAGGCUAAGAUCGGUCUCAUUCAGUUUUGCUUGUCAGCUCCAAAAACAGAUAUGGAUAACCAGAUUGUUGUUUCUGACUACACUCAAAUGGAUAGAGUCCUGCGGGAAGAGAGAGCCUACAUUCUGAAUUUAAUUAAGCAAAUUAAGAAGACUGGAUGUAAUGUGCUGCUCAUUCAGAAAUCUAUUCUACGGGAUGCUCUAAGCGAUCUAGCUCUACAUUUCUUGAACAAGAUGAAGAUCAUGGUGAUUAAAGAUAUUGAAAGAGAAGACAUUGAAUUUAUAUGUAAGACCAUUGGAACUAAGCCAGUUGCUCAUAUUGAUCAGUUCACUGGUGACAUGCUGGGAUCUGCUGAGCUGGCAGAAGAGGUCAAUUUAAAUGGAUCUGGAAAGCUAAUAAAGAUUACAGGCUGCUCUAGCCCUGGAAAAACUGUAACAAUUGUGGUACGUGGCUCCAACAAACUAGUGAUUGAAGAGGCUGAGCGUUCAAUUCAUGACGCUUUGUGUGUCAUCCGCUGUUUGGUUAAGAAAAGAGCCCUGAUUGCAGGCGGUGGAGCACCAGAAAUAGAGUUGGCAUUACGCUUGAACGAAUAUUCUCGCACCUUAAGUGGCUUGGAGUCUUACUGUGUGCGUGCUUAUGGAGAGGCCCUGGAAAUUAUUCCAUCUACCCUGGCUGAAAAUGCAGGCCUGAAUCCUAUUUCUACUGUAACAGAGCUGAGAAAUAGACAUGCACAAGGAGAGAAAACUGCCGGCAUUAAUGUCAGAAAGGGUGGAAUUUCCAAUAUCUUAGAAGAAUUGGUGGUCCAGCCGUUAUUGGUAUCCAUCAGUGCUCUGACCCUAGCUACGGAAACUGUCCGCAGUAUUCUUAAGAUUGAUGAUGUGGUAAAUACGCGAUGAGAUGACUAAAGACAGUGCAGCUCAGCAUGGAGUCAUAAGAUUGGAACAUGGAUCCUUCAUAGAAGCUCAGUGUUGGGCAUCAGUUUAACUCCUAGUUACAUUCAUGUACUUUUGUUGAUUUAAAUUAAUAAAACCUCAAAUUCUAAGAGAA